AUGACCAUGGAUCGCAGCGUUUGCAAUAUCGCCACUGGCACCAGCAUAAACAUCAAGCGAACCGAUGACAGACAUUACACCUGUAGCGGUGAUGGUUCUAAUGUUAAAUCCCGUUACUCGUUCAAUCUGAAUCAGCUGCUGCGACUGGAGUUAAUGAAACAACAAUUACAUUCUCACAAUCUUACAUUAUCUACUGGUUUUUAUGAUAAAUAA